AUGGCCCUCGACACGAGCACGCUCGAGGCUCACCUCGAGGACCUCACAACCGACUACUAUGACCUCCAAUUCCCAAGCGCCUUCAAGCUCAAUGAGCCCCCAUCAGCUUUGGAAGCAUUGCGGAUGAUCUCCAAGUCUCAUCCCACGGUUAUCCGAGGCUACAGCCCACUUUGCGAGGGAGUCGACCACGACUGGCGCAUGCCUGCGACAUACACAAAGUUGCACGGUAAUAUGACCGAGGUUACCAUUGCCAUCACCGACGACGGCCUGGCAGACUCUGUGCGGACCCUUGGAUCAGGGGAUACAACCUUUGUCAAACCCCUGGAAGAGCGAAUGUCCAUGGCCACCUUCCUCUCAAAGCUCACCACAACUAGCGACGAGGCCCUCUACCUCCAGUCCCAGGACGGUAACAUUUACCGCUCGCAACCGGGAAUGCGCAACGAGCCAGACCUCGUCUCUUUCCAGCAGGUGGUUGAGCGCGACGUGCCGUGGAUGCGCGAUGCGAUGGGGUGCACGGCGGAGGCGGUGAAUUUGUGGAUUGGGAACAAUCGCAGCACCACUUCCUUCCAUCACGACCCAUACGAGAACGUCUACCAUGUUUUGAGCGGUAUUAAGCGCUUCACGCUCCUAUCCCCCAUUGAGGGCCUGUGCUUGGAGCAACAUUUUCAUCCGCCAUCCACCCUCGUCCGUGGCGCAGACGGCAAGUUGCAACCUGAGCGCGACCCCGAGCCCGCGCAUCCAGUCCCUUGGGUGCAGAGCCUCAUACCGCCUGGCGAGGUGCGGCCCCUCAUCGUGGAGCUCGAGGAGGGUGAUACGCUCUACCUGCCCGCCGAUUGGUGGCACAAGGUCGAGCAGGAGGAAGGCAGUGGUGGUCUGGCUGUGGCUGUCAACUACUGGUAUACGUCCGAGCUCCGCCCGGAGCGGUACGCGUUACUCCGGUUUGCGCAGCGGGUGGCGCGGUCCGCCGGCCGCGAGGGCGUUCUCGAUCCUGAUGCCGGCAUGGACGACGACAACGGGGACAUUGACGACGUCAUGUUCAGCGAUGGCUCUGUGACGUCUGGUGACGAGUGGGAUCCCGCCGAGUGGGGGCGGUAG